CGCCGCGCACGCGCCGUGACGCGCUUCCGCCUGUCUCCGAGCUACCCGGAAGUUGCCGCCACCAUGCCCGAGGCCCGCUCCGCGCUGCGGGAGGUGCUGCCCAAGCGAGGCCAGCUGUCGGUCGAGGACGUGGCGACCCUGGUGCUCUGCAAGCCCAAGCUGCUGCCGCUGAAGUCGGUGACCCUGGAGAAGCUGGAGAAGAUGCAGCGGGCGGCGCAGGAGACCGUUCGCCGGCAGGAGAUGGCCCAAAGGGAGGAGCCGCAGCAGUAAUGAACAGGAGAGGGGGAGGGGGGCACGCAUCGCCACUUUUCUCCUAGCGAAACGGGGGCACGCCAAGAAGCAGCGUCGUGGCUCCUGUGCUACGGCCUCUGCCCGCUCGUGUAGCGAUCGCUGGGCAGCGUUAGAAAUGGAUUAGGGAUAAUCAGAGUUUGCAUCUUCUUCCCGUGGGUGUGGAUUUUGAAAGUGCGGCUGGACCCAUCGUGCUUGGUUUUCAUUUUGAGUUUUAGGGUUAUUUUUCUCUCUCCUUUUUAAGUAUAAUAAAGUUUUAUUAAAGUUAAUCCUGACUUUAUAA